CAUGAGCCAACAGCCAAUAAACGAGGCAAGCACGGCAACCCUCUCGAGCCCAUUGGUCAGGUCAGGUCUUCCCACGCGGAAGGACGAGGAAGGUUCACGAAUCCCCUCCUCACUUCGCCCCUCCCCCUCUCCUAUUUCUUCUCUCCGGACCCCGGGCCAAAAUUUCAUCCUAAGUUCCAUCGAAGAGGGAGGGGCGAUCCGGAUAGCGCGAGCGCGACCAUGGCCUACGUCGAGAGAGGUGUUGUGAAAGGCAAACGGACAAUCUGGAGACUAAGCAUAAUCCUCGACUUCUUUAAGGCUAUUGUGAACUUCAUCAGAAUGUUCUUCCUCACAAUGUUUUCUAUCGAGAAAACAGACAGCUAUAAGAAAGGAUAUGGUAGUGGUAAGAAGUGGGAUGGUGGACCUGGUGGGGGAGGUCCUGGUGGGGGUCCUUAUGGUGGUGGGGGCGGCGGUGGAGGUGGACCUCGCGGUCCUCGCACACUAUCUGACCUCCGAUCAAACGAUCAGAGUUCCCUCCCUGCUUGUGGAUCCUGCUGCGGAUGACAUCUUAACAAAAGAACAACAUAUUAUAAUGACAGAAAAACUUCCGUAUUUCAAUUUCAGCAGAGCAAAAUCAUUGUGACACCGUGAAGAGUCUAGCAUGUCCAGUAUAUAUUCUGUAGCUUGUUUCUGAUGUGAUCUGUGUUCAUCAUCGCUUUGCCAUGCUGAAUUAUCCUGGAUGGAGUCAAAAUCUUAUCCUUAAUACUGGUUUCCUGUUGUGCAAUGUGAAUUUACUAUACCUUUUGUCUA